GUGCUGCCAAUCAGUGCCACCUAUCAGUGCCAGUCAGUGCCGCCUAUCAGUGCAUCAGUGCCACCUAACAGUGUCAGACAGUACCGCCUAUCAGUGCCAUAUAUGAGUGCUGCCUUUCAGUGCCCAUUGGUGAUGCCUAUCGAUGCCCAUCUGUGCCACCUACCAGUGCCUCCUCAUCAGUGCCCAUUAGUGCCACCUAUCAGUGCCCAUUAGUGCAGCCUAUCAGUGCCCAUCACUGCAGCCUCAUUAACGCACAUCAGUGAAGGAGAAAAAUCACUUAUUUACAAAAUUUUAUA